GGAUGCAUCAUUAAAGUUCACCGCUCAAAUUCAACGUAUACAGCGCUAUCACUCUGGUACCUGAUAUUUUUUUUCUGCGCGCUAUUUAAUGAUAGAGAUUAAAAAUAUAUAUAAAGAUUGCAGAAGGACAUGUUUCAUAUAUGCCUCAGAUACAAGAGCAUGGCAUUUAAAUAUUUAUAAGAUUUAUAAAAAUAAAAUAAAAAAAUUAGCUAAAUGAAGAAUUGGCCUUUCUGAGCCAUCAGGCGCCACCUAGAGGAAUACAAGUUCCGUCGAACAGGAAACGGUUGACAGCUAGCAACAUUCUUCUCUCAGCAUCAAAUGCAUUGCUUUUGAGGUUCAAGGAGCAAUACUUUAGUUAGCAAGAUCUCGCUCGUUUACGGUUUCCUAUUAGCGGUGACAAAACACAAAGCUGUUUGUGUUCUGACUCUGUAGGACGAUGGCACAGCCUGCAGACUCUGUUCUUCACAGCGGUUACUUUCACCCCACGCUCCGACGCUGGCAGACCUGUGCUUCAGACCUCAGAGCAGAGAACCUCAUAUAUCCCAUCUUCAUUACUGACAGUCCUGAUGCGGUGGAACCGAUUGCCAGUCUACCUGGUCAAGCAAGAUACGGUGUUAAUAAGAUCGAGGGUUUACUUCGUCCUCUGGUGGAUAAAGGCCUGAAGUGUGUGCUGAUUUUUGGAGUUCCUGCUAAAGUUGCGAAGGAUGAGAGGGGCUCUGGGGCGGAUACAGAUGUCACUCCUGCUGUGCUGGCUGUGAAGAAACUGAGGAGCACGUUUCCUGAUCUCCUGCUGGCCUGUGAUGUGUGCCUGUGCCCCUACACUUCUCAUGGCCACUGUGGGAUUCUGCGUGAAGAUGGUAGCUUGGAUAAUGCUGCAAGCUGUUUGAGGUUGGCUGAAGUAGCUCUGGCUUAUGCUCGAGCAGGAUGCCACAUCAUUGCCCCUUCAGAUAUGAUGGAUGGACGAAUUGCAGCCAUUAAGCAAGCUCUACUCGCCAAUGAUCUUGGCAACAAGGUGUCAGUGCUGAGCUACAGUGCUAAAUUUGCCUCAUGCUACUAUGGACCAUUCAGAGAUGCUGCACAAUCUAAACCUGCUUUUGGAGACAGGCGAUGUUAUCAGCUGCCCCCGGGGGCCAGAGGACUAGCACUGCGGGCUUGUGACCGGGAUGUGAAAGAAGGUGCUGACAUGAUAAUGGUGAAACCUGGAUUACCAUACCUUGAUAUUGUGAGAGAUGUUAAGAAUAAGCACCCUACUCAUCCGCUGGCGGUGUAUAAUGUAUCCGGUGAGUUUGCCAUGUUGUGGCAUGGAGCUGAAGCUGGAGCUUUUGACCUGCGCACUGCAGUCAUGGAGGCUAUGACAGCCUUCCGUCGAGCAGGAGCUGACAUCAUCAUCACCUACUACACCCCACAGUUGCUCACAUGGCUAACAGAGUAAUAAGUUAGUUCUCCUAUAUGAAUGAACUUGGAUGAAACCAAAUCUACCGUCUCACCCUGAGACUGAAAACUAGAAGGACUUGAAGUAAAUCUGACAAGCAAAUAUCACUUCAUAAAUCAACGGCUUUUUUCACAUUUUUAUUAUUUGAUUUAUGUAUCUAUGAUGUAGUUAUAAAUGCAUUCAAUAAGUGUUUUUAUGCUUUUCUCAAAUUUUGCCAAGCUUUAGUAUUUCUUUUUGUAGUGUACAGAUGUUAAAUUGGUCAUUUUCUUUCUAAAUGUAUCUGAGUACAUGACAGAUUGGUUUUCAUAUUGAAUGUGCUUCUAUAACACUGGAACAAUAGACCUCAGGUGUUUAGUUUUCAAAUGUACUAAUAAUCACAUUUUAAGUUUUGCAUUGUUUCAUGUAGUGCAUCUUCAACUAAAAAAGAUAUUAAUAAAGCAGUAUGUAAACAUCAA